ACUACACUAAACAUCAUGUCAUUUUCUAUCUUGUCCUUCCAUGAUUAACCAUUAUCAACCAACCAUUAAGUCACUUGUUGAUUUCCUAGUGAGUAUAGUAGAAGUAUACUACUAUUGGGUAAUUCCAGGAAAUUUAUUCUACUUUAAUCAUUUUUCAUUUGUUUACGAAAACUCCAAACAUUCCCUCUCUUUUUCCCUCCCUCCAUUUCCGUUUUUCCGUCUACCAAUAACUCUGGAGCAUCACACUUCGCUCUAUCAGUAUCUGUUGUUAAAAAUGCCGGACAAUCAACUUGCUCAUACCUUGAGAUCCCAUGGCGCGCAAUUGGCUAGAAUACAUAUGCUCGAUUGGUUAAUUCUUUUCCUUUUAAUGGCAAUCGACAUUGUCCUCAAUGUUAUCGAGCCAUUUCAUCGUUUUGUAGGAAAAAACAUGAUGGAAGAUCUCAUGUAUCCUUUGAAAGGGAAUACCGUUCCUUUUUGGGCUGUUCCGUUCAUAGCAAUUUUAUUGCCCUUUUGUGUCAUUCUUAUAUGCUACUUCAUUCGGAAGGAUGUCUAUGAUUUCCAUCAUGCAACUCUUGGUCUGUUAUUUUCUGUGCUUAUAACUUCUGUGAUAACUGAUGCAAUCAAAGAUGGAGUUGGUAGACCUCGUCCAGAUUUCUUUUGGCGUUGUUUCCCUGACGGAAAAGGGGUUUUUCAUAAUGUCACAGGAGAUGUAUUGUGCACUGGUUUUAAGAAUGUUAUCAAAGAAGGCCAUAAAAGUUUUCCUAGUGGGCAUACUUCAUGGUCAUUUGCAGGGCUUAGUUUCCUGUCAUGGUACUUGUCAGGGAAAAUUAGGUGUUUUGAUCGAAGAGGGCAUGUUGCGAAACUUUGCAUUGUUUUUUCACCGAUACUUGUCGCUGCGAUGGUGGGAGUUUCUCGUGUUGAUGAUUACUGGCACCAUUGGCAAGAUGUCUUUGCAGGAGGUCUGAUAGGUUUAUUGGUUGCUUCAUUCUGUUACUUGCAGUUUUUUCCAGCACCAUAUCAUACUAAUGGUUGGGGUCCCCAUGCUUACUUUCACAUGCUGGAAGAAUUAAGAAAUGGCGCGCAGCCUUCAAGUUCCAAUGUAGGUACGCUUGCCCUUCGUUCUACGCAUUUGGAAAGUGCACGAGUCGAAACACAUUAUGAUUCAGAGAGGUCGGAACUUGGUCAUCAUCGGUGAGAUCAAGGCCCAUCAUGGCUUUACCCUCUUUGUGUACAUUGUGUAAAAUACACUUCAGAAGAAAAUUUGAAAUAUAUAGCUAAAAUUAUCAAAAAAAAAAACAUACAUUAAGCUAUGUUUCAACUUAUUUUCAAAUAUAAGUGUCUAAUUCUCAAACUUGAGGUAUGGAUUCUAUUCGCACUUACUAACUGCGAACAAAGAGUUUGAUUCAAAAAAAAGCCAAAGGAGCAGUACGCACUUACUAACUGGGAACAGAGUUGUUAGCUUUUUUUUUGACUAAAUAUCCUGUUCGCUUGGUUGAUUGUUUUUUUUACCAGUUUGCCUCUGUUCACAGUUACUAACUGUGAAUAGAACUGAACCUUACAUUUGAAAAUAAAUUGAAAUAUAGCUUAAUGUAUGUUUUUUUUUUUUUUUUUUUUAUAAUUUUACUUAUUUAUUUCAAAAAUUCCUUUAGAAGUGGGUGCUUGUUCAAGUUAUGAGACUUGAGUUUUAUGUACUUAGUAUAAUGUUAAUGAGUUCAUUCUAACAUAGAUUUCCUAUCAUGAUUUAGGAGAAUUGUUUUGGUUUUAAUUUCUAUAGUGUUGGCCACAAUGUGCAAAAGGUGGGGGAUUGGGAAUCAUGUGUUUGAAAAUGUUUCAAACACUAUUUACGAGUAAUACUUUGACUUCACCAUUUACGAGUAUUAUUUAGAUUUUUACAAUGACUUACUUGUAAUGGAAAAUAAAAUAGUAAAAUAGUCUCGUUUUUUUUGACAUAGAGACUAAAAAAUUAGUUAUAAUGAAUUAAAGUAGUGAAAUAUUUUAAAAUAAAAGAAAAAAUAGAAUAAGAAUGGUUGGAUCAUAUUUUAAAAUAAAAUUUGAGCAAUUUUUUGCAUAAACUAAAAUGCAAAAGGGAGUAAAAUAUGUGAGGCAUAGGAGUAAAAUUUUGUUAGAUUUGUCGGUAGUUUUAAUGUAUUAAAUUUUUUUUUAUAGUUUUUACUUUAGCAUAUUUA